AUGGAAGGCUUAGAAGAAAUACAAUCGAAUGAACUAGAAGCUUUAAGUGCUAUCUACGGCGAUUUAUUUCAGCUCAAGAAGCAGCUCAAAACAGCCUGGCAGGGUGCAGCUAGUUUGCCAGAGUACAUGAUAAAGCUAGAGCCACUGGAGGAUGAUCUGAAAGCCUACGUCAGCAUUGAGCUCCACGUAAAGAUCCCGAAAACUUACCCAAACGUACCACCGCAAUUGUCAAUACGCAACACACGCGGUCUAUCAGUCAGUCAACGUGACUAUCUCACCAAGCAGGUUAUAAAGAAAUCCCGAGAUAGUGAUCUUAUCGGCCAACCAAUGCUUUACGAUUUGGCAAUCUUCUGCCAGGAGUAUAUCUCUACUAAUCAUACGAUUAUCGGCAAUGCCAGUCUAGCCACGAGAAUGCAAGAGCGUUUAAAUGCAGUGCAAGCAGAGAAGAUCCAGCGAGAGGAAUCAUAUGAGGCAAAGAAGAGACACAAACAAUCCCUCGAAGCUGACGCACUCGCACAGAGAAUUGAAGCUGACAUCAAGCGCAAAGAGGAACAAAUUAAAUCAGAAGCCGAUAAGCAAAAUACCCAAUUGUCACGUCAAAGACAAUACAAAAGCCAUGACGUCUGGACUGAGACUUUCGAUAACAAUACAACAGUACAUGUCGGUAAUCACAUCUCUUCAGAUGGGCUGAGCUCCAUCUAUCUAUGCUCAGUUGCCAACAGCGAUGAAUUACUUGAAUUGGAAGUCUUUCUGAUCAAUUCGGACUAUUACGAUAAGAGCGCUGGAAAGAGAAAGCUCCAAGACGUUGCAAGGAUCCUUGACAAAUUAUCUAAACUAAAGAGCGAUCAUAUUGAGCAUAUUCAUGCGUCUAAAUUGCGGCCUCACCCUCAAGCCAGCGGUACGAUUGUUUGGGAAUUACUCAUAUUGCAUUCGAGAACGAGUGGUAUGAGCACUCUCAGUGACCUCCUCCAAGCCUGUGAUAAUUUCAGAGUUGAUCUCGCGACGAGUUAUCUCACCCAGAUACUUGUUGGUUUGCAAGAACUUCAUAAAUUGGAUGUCGUACAUAUGGAUAUAAGCCCAUCAAAUAUCCUGAUCUUACCUGGGAAAACACUGACUAUUAUACGGCCAUCAUAUGCGAAAACUAUUCUUAAUCUUCACAGAUCCAAUCCAAUAAAUGAGCGAAAGAUUUCAGAAAUUUUCGUCAAUGAGGGCUGGCAAGCACCUGAAUGUCUAGAGACACAGCAAUUUAGUCGUAAAAGAGAUAUAUGGGAUACUGGUGUUUGUUUCAUUAAUAUGUUAUUUGGCCUGGAUGCAAUGUCCUAUCCAUCACCGAAAGUGUUAUUGGAUAAAUCAGGCGAUGUUCCACAACAUACUCUCGACAUAAUAUCCUACAUGCUGGAAUCAAAUCCAUCACAGCGUGGUUCCGCUGUACAGCUAUUGGAUAAGUUAUACAAUUCGUCUGAUAACUCCUCAAGUGUGGCCACAACCAGACCAAAAUCAUCAGCUCUCUAUCACAAUUCGUCAACGCCAAAACCACCCGCAACACCAUCCAUGUCUGUCAAAGCCGCUCCACCGAUAGAUCCAUUUUGGCAAUCAACGAACCAGCAAUCGAAUACAAGCAGGUUUAGGAGUGACUUCGAAGAAGUUGAACACCUCGGUAAAGGUGGAUUCGGAGAGGUAGUCAAAGCGCGUAACAGACUAGAUGGUCUUUUCUACGCCAUAAAGAAAGUCAGAUUGAAGUCAAACACAGAUAGUAAACUCUUUAGGGAGGUUUUAUCAUUGAGUAGACUUAACAGUCGUUACGUGGUUAGAUAUUUUGGUUGUUGGAUUGAAGAAGCUGCACAGACUGUCUCACAAUCGUUUGCAGAGAAGGACGUGAACACUAAAAAAGCCGGUACAUCAGACAGCUAUAGCUUCUCGAUGCACAAACUUCUCAACCCGAAGUUUGACGAUUCAUUGAGUGUUGCGAAGACUGCUAGCAGAGAUGACGGUAUUUUCUUCGAGGCAGACUCUGAUGAAGAUACUGAGAAUGGCGAAGAAGAUGAAGAAGAAGAGGAAGAAGAAGAAGAAGAAAUUGAGAGUGAAAGCGGCACCAGUAGCAGCGAUAGUGAUAGCGAAUUGAGCACGAAUCAGGAUACGCGGCAUAAUAGAAAUUUCAACCAUUCCCGAAUUCUCUAUAUUCAAAUGCAGUAUUGUGAGAAACUUACACUCUCUGAAGCCCUAGAAGAAGGUCUCAGUGUGGAUGAGAGGUGGAAGAUCUUCCGUCAAAUACUAGAUGGAUUGGCAUAUAUAAACACCCUUGGAAUUGUCCAUCGUGAUCUCAAGCCAAGUAAUGUCUUUAUUGACGCUCAAGGUGAUGUAAAAAUAGGUGAUUUCGGUUUAGCGACACUUGGAGUGAACGAUCCAAAUUACAGCACAGUGUUUGACAAAGCGCUGGUCAAUCAGUCAAAUGAUACGACUUCUGCUGUUGGUACGAGUUUAUACAUCGCGCCUGAAAUUGCAAAUAGUAGCGGUCGCUAUACUGAGAAAGUAGACAUGUUCUCCUUAGGUAUCAUAUUUUUUGAGAUGUGUAACAAGUUUAGGACAGGUAUGGAAAGAGUCCAAGUAUUGCAUCAAAUGAGACAGCCAAAGCCUAGAUUCCCAGCUACAUUCCCAGAUAACCUAACGACUGAGAGAAAGUUGAUAGAAUGGAUGCUAAAACAUGACCAAAGUGAGCGACCAUCAGCUGCUGAGGUCUUACAUUCGAGUUUGCUUCCUGAAACAAUGGAAGAGGAGUAUUUCGAGGAAGCUCUUAGAGUUUUACAUCCCGAUCAGCCAAGAUAUCAAAAGCUGGUUUCUCGUUUAUUCAACAACUCACCAAAUGCUCUGCAGUACCAUACCUAUGACACUGGCGGUGGACCGCUCUCUCCUGAUGCUAUUAUACGCUUGGUACAAGAACAUCUUGGAUGGGUAUUCAGAUUACAUGGUGCUGUUCCCCUAGAGCCUCCCCUUCUAUCGCCCAAGCCGGACAACAGCGACAAAACUAAAGAAAAGGAUGUAGUAAGCUUACUCGAUAGUACAGGUUGCGUUGUUCAUCUCCCCCAUAACGGCUUGCUCGGCUUCGCAAGGAUGAUUCUUAAGCAAAAUAUCGUGCGUACGAAAAGGUUCUGGAUGGGUGGGCGCUUCAAGCGCAAUGUCGCAGGUGGCCAACCUAUAAAAGAAUCUGAGGCGAACUUUGACAUCGUCUCUCCAACGACAACGAAAGCGAUGGAAGGCGAGAUUAUGUCAGUAGUCAACAAAACACUUGAAUUACCAUUUCUGAAGACAUCCAAUUGGGAAGUGCGUAUAAAUCACUCAAUUAUUAUCGAGAUAAUCCUUUCGCUCUUUCCUCAUAAGAAACGUUCUGUUGUUUUGGGUAUCUUUGACCAACUCGGUAAAGGUGUGAGUAUGCCUCACAUACGCAGCCAAUUGGCUAGUCAAGUCGAUAAUAGCAGAAGUGUCACACGUUUAGAGGAACUCGAUCAUUUGCUUCUCAAAGGUAAUGACUACAAGACUAUACUGAAUGAUAUGAUGAAAGUCCUCCCACAUUAUAAAGAACAACUAAAGGAGACGUUAGAAGAACUAAACAAUACGUUUGAAUACUUCGCACGUAAUCAUAAUCGUCGAAAUAUUAUAUUUGAUACCACAACGAUGCUCAACAACUCUUAUGAGGAUUAUGCAACUGGUUUAGUUUUGGAUAUUAGCAGGAGAGUGGCGAAAGGCCGUCGAGAGGUGAUGGCAAUUGGUGGACGCUCUGACAAUCUUCUGGAGAGGCUUUCACAUACGACUAGAUCGCUACCUUAUAUGGUCGGAUUGCGUAUAAAUGCUGAUGUCGUAGCCAACUGCCUGAUGGAGUCGAGUAACAAGAAAACACCUUCAAAAGCAAUGUCAUCAUAUAAGAGCUACAUGCCACGAAGAUGUGACGUCUAUGUUGGUAGUUUUGGUAAUGCUUACAAUGGCAUGAUGAGUGAAAGAAUGGACGUAGCAUCUACAUUGUGGGAUGCAGGGAUCUCUGCAGACGUUAUGUAUGACGGCGCACAUGCCUACCAGAGUCCCGACAUGUUAAUGGAGAGGUGCAGAGGAGAAGGUAUCACAUACCUUGUACUUCUCAAGGCUAACAGUACAGUAAUGAAAGUACGCAAUACAUUAUCUAAAAAGUCGGAAGAAGAAGUCGAUAGACAUGAUUUGGUCGAUUAUUUAUCGAGGAAACUCUCAGAAUUAAGACAGACACAAGAAGAGACUGCAAGGGUGCAUGAAAAGGAUGCCCCGGGUGUUGAUAUACAUCUCGCAAUGCCAAGCGAGAUUGCAUGGUCAUUCAAAAAGGAUGACAAUAAAAAUAGGAUUAAUAAGCGCAAUAGGGCGCUGAUGAGCGAUAGAGCUGAAAAUGCACUACAAGAGUACGAGAAUGUAAGCAAAGCGAUGAUGGCUGUCGAUGUACCCCCGGUUGUAUUUGACAGGAUGUCAAUGAGCAGUGAUUGGAUAGUUGAUGAUGAUAAAUUCAAACAAGUCCUAAACAUUCCUGCACUCGGAACACCUUGUCGCGGGACUAUGAACAUCACAUCUUUAAAGGAUGGUGAGAUAGCCAAAAUAGCCAGUACUUUGGGAUAUAAGGAUAUCUUACAGCUUUCGCUCACGUGUAAGCGUCUAGAGCGACUCCUGCGACAAUAUCUAUCGCGUAAGAUCACAAUAAGGGGACAUGAUUUGAGUACUUUGAAGGAACUACGGUGUAGAGCUAGUAAAUUCAAGCAUAUCACGACCUUAGAUAUCGACCUGCGGAUAUGCCUCUACAAGCCUAGUUCACUUGCCAAGGAAGUUGCCCGAGGAAUGCGACAACUACCUUCAUUACAUCACGUUUCACUCGCAUGGGACCAACCGAUCUAUGAUUCAAUAGCCGAGAGCUUGAGCAAUAUACCUACUAUAUCAUCACUCCAUUUAGUUUUCUAUGAUACCCUCCUACUCGGAUUAUCUGUACGGCGGUUCACAAAAUCAAAAUUAAAGAAUUGUAAAAUAGAAUGGUAUCCCCGUGAUGCAAAAUAUGGAGAUGAACCAGAUGAAGAUGGUGAUCCCCAACCAUUACCACCGCCGAGCAACUCAGAAUUUAACGAUUUAUUCUCUUUCAUUGCACAAUUUGGUAGCACCCUCGAGGAGCUCUCAUUGGGUCCGCUUCCAUUUCCAUCAGACGUAAUUGACAAGGAUAUUGAGACAUCUUAUAAUUCUAUGUUUAAAUCACUCAAAGAACUUACUACACUCACUAUAGCAGGUGUAGAACGUUCUUACCUCAUUUGCAUUAAUGACAAUGAUGAUAUGUUCAAGCGGUUGAAAUCUCUCAAGUUCGCUGAUAGACCACCUUCAACGCGUGAUAAUAUUCUUCGUGUACCUAAGCAACUCAAAGAACUAGAGCUUGUUGGACUCUUAGAACCGGAUGAAUUGGCUUACGCUUUGAUAGAUUUGCGUGAUAAGCAACUAGAAAAACUAAAAGUUUCAAUUAUAAUCACAGAAGAUGACAGCUUGGAGAGGCUCUGCUAUUCUAUACCAACCAUCAAAGAGCUAGAUAUAGCACUAGUAUUCGGUGAUGCUGAAGAUGUACCUCUGAAAUACUGGCCUGAUAAGGUCAUAAACAUGUUGUCAAAGAUGCCAUUCCUUGAAAAGAUAACAAUACAUCUCAAUCUAGAUGAAUUAUACGGUGAUCCAUCUCCAUUAGCCAUCCCUAACACAGAAAAAUGGAGAGAAUGGGAUAGAAGAUCAGUAGGCAGGUACGAUAAAGCCAGUGCAGCAAUAGCACACGCAUGUACAAUUGGGAAUUCACGCGUGAAUGUCAUUGAAUGGGGCAGAGCACUCAAAUAUGAUCAAAGAAUGAUAAAUGGAGGAUUCAAGAAGAGGUACAACUGGGUAUUAGUGCUAAGCGACCUAGGUGCGCCAAUUGGAGUCGAUAGAGUGACUAUGGAGGAGUAAGCAUAAGUUAAUUGAUUAAGGAAGGCGUAAAAAUGUCAGAGUAACUAUGACUAUAAAAAUUGUCACGGUCAAACCCUACAAAAUCAACUAAAACAGUUAGAAAUUGC